AUGCGUUUCUGGGCAUAACACCGGCCUCUGCUUUGUGUGGUUUUAUCAGAAUCUGACUGAGGCCUUCCUGCAGUCAUUACGGUAAUUUACGGUAAUCCUGACAGCGGCUCUGGGAGUCAGCUGAUCCUCCUGUUACUGGCGAGUGAAUGAGGAAAAUCCUCUGAAGGAAAACACAGCUGGCUAGGUGAAUUCAUCAUGGCUGCAGAGAUUCACUCGAGGCCCCAGACCGCUCGACCGGUUCUCCUGAACAAGAUCGAGGGACACUCGGACUCCGUCAACGCGGCGGUUUUAAUCCCGAAAGAAGAUGGAGUGAUCACGGUCAGCGAGGACAGGACCAUCCGAGUGUGGCUGAAAAGGGACAGCGGUCAGUACUGGCCCAGCAUCUACCACACCGUCUCCUCUCCGUGCUCCUGCAUGUCUUACCACCAUGACAGCAGACGCAUCUUCAUAGGCCAGGACAACGGAGCUGUUGUGGAGUUUCUCAUCUCUGAAGAUUUCAACAAGAUGAACCACGUGAAAACAUAUCCAGCCCACCAGAACCGUGUGUCAGACAUGGUGUUCUCCCUGGAGAGUGAGUGGGUGGUGAGCACCGGCCAUGACAAGAGUGUUAGCUGGAUGUGCACCCAGAGCGGCAGCAUGUUGGGAAGACAUUACUUCACUUCCUGGGCCUCCUGCCUACAAUAUGACCAUGAGACGCAACAUGCCUUUGUUGGUGAUUACUCUGGCCAGAUCACUCUGCUGAAGCUGGAGAAGCAGACAUACUCCACCAUCACUACUCUGAAGGGUCACGAAGGCAGCAUAGGGGCCCUGUGGUGGGACCCUGUCCAAAGGCUGCUCUUUUCAGGGGCCUCAGAUCACAGCAUCAUGAUGUGGGACAUCGGGGGCCGCAAGGGACGAACACUUCUGCUGCAGGGACACCACGAGCGUGUUCAGGCCCUGUGUUACCUCCAGUUCACCAGGCAGCUGGUGUCGUGCUCAGCCGACGGAGGCAUCGCGGUGUGGAACAUGGACAUACAGAGAGAAGAGGCGCCUCAGUGGUUAGACAGUGACUCGUGUCARAAGUGUGAGCAGCCUUUCUUCUGGAACAUCAAGCAGAUGUGGGACUCCAAGACCCUGGGGCUCAGACAGCACCACUGCAGGAAGUGUGGCAAGGCUGUGUGUGGGAAAUGCAGCUCCAAACGUUCCACCUUCCCCAUCAUGGGCUUUGAGUUCCCUGUGCGGGUCUGUGACACCUGCUUUGACACCAUCAAAGAAGAGGACCGAACACCGCUGGCCACGUUCCAUGAGGGGAAACACAACAUCGCCCACAUGGACAUGGACCCAUCCAGAGGCCUGAUGGUCACUUGUGGAAGCGACCGCAUUGUUAAGAUCUGGGAUAUGACACAGGUGGUUGGCUGUAGCUUAGCAACAGGCUUCUCCCCGCGCUGAUUGGCCCAGCCCACUACAUGGCAACCCGUCUGGCUCAAGCCUGCACCUCCCUCCUCGACUCAACAGUGUCAUGGAAACCCCUCUGUACAGUCCACGUCCGCAGGCUGGGCCUCAGUGUGUGUGUGUGUGUGUGUGUGUGUGUGUGUGUGUGUGUGUGUGUGUGUGUGUGUGAGGACUUGUAUUGAUGUUAGUGUUUGCACUGAUGAUAUUUAAUGCUUUUUCUUUUGACAAAGGUCUUUUUUUUUGUUAGAUUACAACUGGACUUUGUCUUUAGCGACCUGUCGUUCUGUGAAAAUGUGCUGGCUUCUCUUCUGUGUGGCCCCACUAACUGCAUUUUACUGAUUCUGUCGCCUGCUUCACGUGUAAAUAGACGCUUAAAAGUUCUUUCUUUAA